CAGGUUUUCCUGAACUUUAAAUUAGAAACGAUUAAAUUUGUAGCGCAUUGCUCAGAAUCAACAGGAAGACGACGAUUUUCAACGGCAAAUUUCAACGCUUCUGAAUCGCGUGGAUAUCUCGAAGAAUCGUGCAUCAAUGUACGACAUCAUCAGCCAGAUGGAAAUCCCAAAAGCCAAUGGACAGUAA